CUCCCACCUCUCUCCUGCUCCCACUCUCCCCACAAACGUCACUAUUUUCAGCUUUGACAGAGGACUACAACCACCAGCAACAACAUAUCAGUCUUCUUAUCAACUUCUGGUUUCAAACAUUUUCUAGUUAAAAUUUGGACUUCAACUCAAGUUGGAUUUUUUUUGUCCUUUCAGGUGCAAUGGCUCUUGGAGUGCUUAAUUCGCAAGUUAAAAAUUCCCUGAGUGGGAGUGUAUUUUUCGACCGUGGUUCUAUAGAGGAAGAGGCACCUCCACCUCCACUCCGCAGCUACCUUUGUUUGACUAUUUUUACCUGCUUUUGUCCUGCAUACCCGGUCAACAUUGUUGCCCUGGUCUUCUCUAUCAUGUCUAGGAACAGCUAUGCUUCUGGUGACUAUGAUGGGUCGAGGCGGCUGGGCAGGAACGCUCUCUAUGUAGCUGUUGCCUCCAUCAUCAUCGGCCUCCUCAUCAUCGCUAUCUCCUGCAUCGUUCAUUUCACCACGAUGGAAUUUUAAUGUUGUGGAACGGAAGAGAGGGGGAGAAGAGAAAUAAGACAGUUGAACAGGAAACUGUGGAUGAUGCCAAUGAAAGGACUAUGACUCGCCUCAUGUUUACUUCAACGUGUACGUCACUUUCUCUCAUGUUUACCAUUCUUCAUAUGGACAAUCAAGGAUGAUACAACGUGGUGAAUGUGUUCAUUUCAGUUAACGUCAAUGAUGCUUUGAAUUAAAAAAAAAUUUACUACAAAUGUGUAGUGAAUCCAUGGUCCACAGCAAGGUUUUGUUAGGCUGUGACCCUGAAGACCCUGUUGUUUUUUGCUGAAAACAUUGCUAGAGAUAGAUGAUGACAGUAAAUGGUCUAUAACUUUAUCAAAAUACCCACUUUAUCCAUGACAAAACCAAAUGAUGUUACAGGUCCCGUGGCAUGAAAAUGUCACUUCAUGAGGUUUUUUAACAUUAAUAUUAUUAUUAUUAAUAUAGCACUUUCAUUUCUGCCAAUACUCUGAUGUUCUUAAGAUUUAUUAAAAAUCAGAGGUUUACUCCUCGACGCAGCGGGCCCAGGUUCGACUCCGACCUGCGGCCCUUCGCUGCAUGUCAUUCCCCCC